CAUGACUCCCCCUCUCAUACCGUAAGCCACUCUCUGAUAGGCUAUGAAUGCAUUCAAUUGACGUCUAAUGCGAUAACGACUUCAACAGACUUUCAUUGAUUCACAAAAAACUUAUUUUUAACUUUUUAUCCAAAAAAUCAAUUUUACACUUAAAUCCUGUCCUAAACUCUUGUGGUAACCGAUGAUCGAGUUAACCAAACCUCGCCUAAUAGUGGUGGACAUCGAGGGCACCACCACUUCCAUCACAUUCGUCAAAGAGUUUCUCUUUCCUUAUGUCAUCACUAAUAUCAACGACUAUUUGCGUAAAAACUGGAAUGACGGGUCACUGCAAGAAGACGUCGAUUUAUUGCGCAAACAAUCGUUGGUAGACUUGGAGAGCGGAUCCAGUGAUGUGCCGGUGAUUGGCACCGAAGACCAGUCCAAUCGGGAAGCGGUCAUCCAAUCAGUGGUCGACAACGUGUUGUGGCAAAUGAGUGCCGACCGCAAGAUAACGGCUUUGAAACAAUUUCAGGGAAAGAUGUGGCGCUUUGGCUACCAGUGCGGAGAUAUUAAGGGACACGUUUACAGUGAUGUGCCGAAAGCCAUCACCAAAUGGACCCAAGAGUUGGGCAUAAAGUUAUGCAUAUAUUCUUCGGGUAGUGUUUUGGCGCAGAAACUCAUUUUCGGACAUUCAGUUUGCGGUGAUUUAACUCAUUUAAUUGACAACUAUUUCGACACAACAAUUGGUCCCAAAGUCGAGUCAUUAAGUUAUACUAAAAUCGCCGAAACUUGUGGUUUGAAUCCCGAAGACAUUGUAUUCAUUACGGAUGCGGCUAAAGAAGCGUUCGCAGCCAAAGAGGCCGGCAUUACUGCCAUCCUAUCGAUCAGAGAGGGAACAGAAACACUGAGUGACGACACGUUUAGACAAUUCCCGACCAUUACCUCCUUCGAUGAGAUUACAUUCAAAUGA